CGAUUCUGCCAAACUCUCCGUUCAAUCCUGGUGAGGGGAUUUCUUGGCCCUUUCUCCACAAGAAGUCAUGGCCGGAACCUCACCUCAGCCAACCGUAUCGGAGCCGCCGCAGCAGCAGCAGCAACCGUCACAAUACUGGUGUCACCACUGCGAAAAGCUAGUCUCCGUCGAAACCCUAGCCAACAUAACCGACUUGAUCUGCUGUGAGUGCAAGAAUGGCUUCGUAGAGUCCAUCGACGCCUCCGCCCCUCCAGCCUCGCCUCCUACACCCCUUACCAAUCUUCAGACCCUACAGCCCUCAUUCAGCCAACAAUUUGUCCAAGUCUUACGGUUAAUUGCUCAGUCAACUCGUGACGAAGACGCUCCUCCUCCUGCUCAGCUUCCCGAUUCUACCUCAGAUCCACCUGCGCCGUCCGAAGGUGAUGAUUUUCUCCGGAUUGAGCUUGAUGGAUGGGACAACGACGAUGACGACGAUGAAGAUGAGCUCGAAUUCGGUAACAUCGAUGCAGAUCGAUCUGACGAUGAGAUUGGGGAAGAGGAAGACGAUCGUGAUCGAGAGGACAAUGAAGGGGAUCGGCGUCGAAGGCGUCGGGACAUCCUUAGGCUCCGCAUCAGGGAUUUUGCCUCUCGUGCUACAAGCGGACGGAACAGGAACCGGAACCGGAUCCUGGACUGGUCCGAGAUCCUGAUGGGGUUGGAAGACAACUCGAUCGAAUUGCGCAUGGAGAUGCCUGAAUCGGAUGGUUAUAUAGGGAAUCCAGAGGAUUAUGUGGAUGCUGCGGGAUACGAGGUGUUGUUGCAGAACCUGGCGGAGAGCGACGGAGGAACGAGGAGAGGGGCCCCACCUGCUGCGAGAUCGGCAGUUUCCGCGUUGAAGACGGUGGAAAUCAUGCCGGAGGAGGAGGUUUUAGUUUGCGCGAUUUGUAAAGAAUCCGUGCCAGUGGGUGAGACAGCGAGGAAAUUGCCGUGUGGGCAUGGUUACCAUGGGGACUGCAUUGUGCCGUGGUUAGAUUCGAGGAAUUCUUGCCCUGUCUGCAGGUUUGAACUUCCAACGGACGAUCCUGAGUAUGAAGAGGAAAGAAAGAAGAGAUCGACGGCCACUACUGCAGUUGGACCAUCAGAUUCCGGUAGCAAUAAUCAAUAAUACCGACUCUGAUUAAUGGACACGGUAUGUUCGCGAGAACUCCGGUUCUUCUUCUUUUCUAUUUCCCCCCUCUUAUCCCUGUAGUUAUUGUUGUUAACUAAGACACGUGGAUGGAAGGAGAAAUACCGAUAUGUUUGCCUCCCUCUCUUUCUCAUCAUUGAUUGUAAAUAUCUCCCCUUAAGUUUCAAUUUGCAUGGUUGGUGUUAAUUCUCCAAGGAAGAACCAUCUCAGAAACUUCUCUUCUUUUUCUCUGGCUAUUUUCUUUCUUUUGUGGUGCCUUUUUGUUUCUCGACGUUGUGAUGCCUUUGGGGUUUGGAGCUGAGGAGUGCAAUAAAUCUUCAAAUAAAGAGCACUUCCUCGCCCAAUUAUCUUGUAUUACUUUUCAAGUCAUUGGAAUCUCUAUAGUACAUAGGAUAUUUGAAGUUGUAAACAGUGAUAGUUCAAAACAAUUCAAGAUUUUUACUGAA